GACCGGAAGCACCCUGACUUAACAUUAGGCGGGCAGCCGCGUGGGAAUUUAAUUGCGGAGUUUGAGCGUCGGGAAGGCAGCGGCUGUGAGAGGGACCGGCUCCGGUAUCUGAGUGUGGCGUGGGGAUGCUAACUCCAGCGUUCGAUCUGAGCCAGGACCCCGACUUCCUGACCAUCGCCAUCCGCGUGCCCUACGCCCGAGUCUCCGAGUUCGAUGUCUACUUCGAGGGGGUUGAUUUCAAGUUCUUCGCCAAGCCGUACUUCCUCAGAUUAAUCCUUCCAGGAAGAAUUGUAGAAAAUGGAAGUGAGCAAGGAGCCUAUGAUGCAGAUAAAGGAACUUUUACCAUCCGAUUGCCCAAAGAAAUACCUGGCCAGCAUUUUGAGGGGCUGAACAUGUUAACGGCUCUUCUGGCACCCAGAAAAUCCAGGACUGCAAAACCGCUUGUGGAGGAAAUAGGUGCUUCUGAGGUUUCUGAGGAAGGAGUGGAAGAUGACAAUGAGGAAUUUGAUUGGGAAAUUGAACAGUCCCCCUAUGAAGAAGUGUCAGAAGGUGCUUUGCAUCCACAGUGCCGCUAUGGGUUUGGAAACUUGCGAUCAGGCGUGUUUCAGAGGUUACAGGAUGAAUUGAGUGAUGUUAUUGAUGUUAAGGAUCCAGAUUUCACCCCUGCAGCUGAACGAAGGCAGAAGCGCCUGGCUGCAGAGCUGGACAAAUUUGAUCCUGAUCAUUAUCUAGCUGACUUUUUUGAAGAUGAGGCUGUUAAACAGGUUUUGAAGUAUAAUCCUUGGUGGACUGAUAUCCAUUCGAAAAUGAUGGCCUCUUUGGGAAAGAGUCAGGAGCAAGAAAAUCCUGCUGCGUUAGUGUCUUUUUCUGAAGAAGAGAAAUAUCAGCUGCGAAAAUUUGUCAAUAAAUCUUACUUGCUGGACAAGGGAGCCCAUCGUCAUGUAUACUACAGUUUGAUUGAUAUCCUCCUGGCAUAUUGCUAUGAAACUCGAGUCACCGAAGGGGAGCAGAAUGUUGAAUCUGCAUGGAAUAUCCGAAAACUGAGUUCUACACUGUGCUGGUUUGAGACUUGGACUGAUGUUCAUGAAAUCCUGGUGUCUUUUGGAAGAAGAGUUUUGUGCUACCCACUGUAUCGCCAUUUCAAAUUGGUGAUGAAAGCCUACAGAGACACUAUAAAGAUACUGCAACUAGGUAAAACUGCAGUUUUAAAGUGUCUACUGGAUAUUCACAAAAUUUUUCGGGAAAAUGACCCAGCUUACAUCCUAAAUGACCUCUACAUCUCAGACUACUGUGUGUGGAUUCAGAAAGCCAAGUCCAAAAAGUUGGCAGCUCUUGCAGAAGCCUUAAAGGAAGCCUCUCUGUCCAAGGCCAAGCUGGGUUUAGAACUGGAGGAACUGGAAGCAGCCGCACGUCUUGUCCAGGAGGAAGAAAGUGCAGGAGAAGCCACCCAUUCCGCUUUCAGGCAGCGCGUGCCUUCCCCCAGGCCUGAGGCCAGUGAGUCAGAGGAGUCGGACAGCACGACAUCAUCUGAGCCUGAAGACUCAGACCCAGAACAAGAGGCGCCCAGAGAUGGCGAGUCCGAGACGGUCCGUUCCCUGCGGGGUCCCUUUCUGGAGGGAAGCAGUGCCCUGUUUUACGAUGACGGUGGGGCGUGUAGAACCUUGGCCUUCCCCAGGACUGACAUUAGUCUAGGAAAGCCACUGUCCUCUCGCCAGGAUCCAGGACUUGCUGGGCCUCUGAUAGAGGAGAUUGGAGAACACCUAGGGGCUGCUGUUCACAUUUCCAACCCCGAGGGCGGUGCCGCCGACCCCCAGAGCAGCGUGCAGGGUGGACAUGCCCAGCAGACACCUAAGGACCCACUCUGAGUGGUUUUACUCACUGUUGAAAAUUAGGUCAGACUUGGUUUUAUUUACUGAAUUAGAAUUCUUCAUUUUCACUUAGUACUUUUUCUUGCGUAUACAUCAUUGUCUUCCAGUGGACUAAUGUUGAUAUCAGCUGGUUUCCUGUUGCAAUUUUAAAAAUAAAAGUUCUGAAGUAUUUUUAUGGAAGUGUAAUUAAUGUUCGAAGAUGAAAAUUAGUUCUGCCAGAAUCUCUAGCAUGUGGAGCCCAUUGAUGUUUUCAGUAGCUUUACAGAGGUAUAUUUGACAUACAAUAAACUGUGUAUCUUUAAAGUAUACAGUGUGGUAAGUGCUGAUACGUGUCUGUCCCAAGUGAAGUAACUCCUGCCGUCAGGAUGCUGCCCUUUCCCCUCACCUCCAAGCGUCCCCUUGUCUGCUACCGCCUUCCAUUGAAUCCAGAGUAAUGUAUAUACUCUUUUUUAUCAGGCUUCUUUCACUCUGUAUAAUUAUUUUGAGCUUUAUCAGUGUAACAUAUAGCAAGGUUUUUUUUUAAUUUUAAUUUUUUCCAUAUUUGAGUACUGUUCAAUCGUAUGGAUUUAUCCAUUCACCAACUGAUGGACAUUUGUGUGGUUUCCAGCUUUUGGCUGGAAAUCUCCUGGUUACAAAUAAAGGUGUUUUGA